AUGGCAGAUGAGCAAUUUCCGUUGCUCGAUUGGCCUCAACACUACGCGUCACAGAACCUGAGUCAACAUGCCCCUCACGGCGAGGACAAUUCGAAUUCUCAGUGGAGAAGCCCGUUCUAUAACUCAUCGAACACCAACCUUCCACAAACACAACUGAACAACACUACUACGCAGCCCCCCUACUACCCGUCAUAUCAGCAGCAGGAACAAUCAUAUGUGCGGUUGGAGGACGUCGUGCAGUACCCUUCAUAUCGGUGGGGACCACCGCCGGCUCGCGAAUACCAAAAACCGGCAUCACACCCAGAAACCACAUCAGGUUUGCCGUUGCCUACUGCUUCGCUCGCACAAUCGUCAGCAAAACGACCGCCCACCCGCCAGCUUCCGAAUCAAAUGUCAUCAACAGGUCGGGGCGAGCCAAAGAAUGCCGUCCAUGAAGCUAAAAGGCGGCGGGUAGACUCGGCUGCGGCCUCAAAAGCCCCUCCACAACCUGUACCGCAAGCUGCGUCAGUUUCCCGGCAAGCUCAGGCGCGGCAAGCUGCUCAGAAAUAUCCGCCUGGCUCACAGCACCAAUUCCCAUCCUCUGCUUCGCAAACUCCCAAUCCCCCGAUGCCGCAAGAUACAAAGCCGCCUACUGCACAACGCGCAUACCAGCAAACCCCACGUACGGGCUCGCAAUACAUGGCGCCGUCUCAGACACAACCUGAAUCACAGUCACAAGCACCGUCGCAUACUUCAUCCCUCGCAGCCUCGCAAGGUCCGACACCUCGCAUGCCUCAAUACGGCCAGCAACCUCAAUCCAAAGCUCCCCCACGUGGCCCCUCAAGUGCAAGCCUACAGACAGCGGCGCAGCAGGUUUCGCGACAGAACGCACAAUAUCCCUCACCCCCAACGACAUCACAAGCUCUUCCGCAAACUGUCGCACCUUCAGAUACACAGAUUAGGCCGCCAAUCCCUUCUCCGCAGAACAGACCCCAGACUCUCACACAAAACGCGCGGCAACCUGCGUCCCAGUCCCCCCGGCCUGCACAGCAAAUACGGAGGCCCAGCUCAAAUGCUACAUCGCAACUUAGCUCCACACGACCUACGACGCAGUCUCCUUUAUCACUCCCUGUCCCACGGCCAGCCGCACAAUCCGCCACACCUCCCGCACCACAUAAUGUACCACAAACUUUACCACCUCAAGGGCCUCCUUCCACACAAACAGCUCCACCAAACCCUGCGUUGCCCAAGCCUCCACAACCUCAAGCGCAGAUGGCACAAGCACCACAUACCCGCCCGACACAUGGCCCUCAGGGAAAAUUUGUGGCCUACACAUUCCAACCCGAAAACCCUGCAGAUAGAACACACUUGAAGCGCCGUAUGGAUAUAGUGAGCCGGUUGAAAGAGUCAGAUGCUGCACAGAAAGUUUCCUACGACCCGAAAACAAUCGCGAGGGAUAUCCUGAUUACGUCCAACCGUCAUCCGACAGAGGCCACUCUAAACCAUCAUCUCUUCCGCCUCCGGGAUGUGUUUUCCGCCGUUGAUAUUAAUUCGGAUCUGGAAACGUUCAGAUGGGAUUUAGUUGAUCCAGGCGAACCACCGCGAGACCUCAAAGCCAAGGCUGGUGUUCCACCCAAUGGUCCCAAGCAAGGCACCGUGCAAACCAAGCAAACAGCCCCACCACCAUCUGCAGUCCAAGUGUCUGUCCCCGUCGGCGUCAACACAACCCAGAAUCAACACUGGGUUCCGCAGCCUACAUUUCAGCAUCCUCCUCCAGCACCCCAAUAUCAGCCGCAGCCGCUACCGAAACCGAAACCGAAACCGAAACCGCAAUCACAGCCACAAGUUCAGCUUCCAGCUCCAAGCCCGCCAGUGCCCUCACCGGUACAUCCGCCUAAGCCUGAACCAUCGACUCCCAGUACGCCGCAGUCAAUGGAGAAAAAACGACGAGGCAGACCCCCGGGAAGCACAAAUAAGCCCAAGGCCGCUGCAGCUCCAGUUGUGCCGCAGGCGCCUACUUCCGCAUAUCCUGUUUAUGCGUGUAGGUGGGGGAAUUGCCAGUCGGAGCUGCACAAUCUGGAGCUGCUGAAAAAACAUUUGUUCAAGAACCACGUCUCGUAUCAAAUUACAUGUGGAUGGAAAGGCUGCGCAUUUACGGGGACCCUGCCGGCUGCGGAGCUGAUGAAACAUGUGAAGAAAGAGCAUCUUGAAUCUCUUUCAUGGAAGCUGGGAGAUGGGCCAGCUGUGCCUAGCAGUGUGGAUCAGGGUUCUAGCUCAAGCAUAGUACCGUUGACAAUUCCGGAAUCUAACCAACCUGGAAAUGAGGAUUCUCUCAUUUUCCCAGCCGACUACCGCUCAAUUCGCGCGUUCAAUCGAGUCCAUGGAAAUCAUUCGCAGCACGAAAAGGCUGGCGAGAUAUUCAAGGCAGUACAGCGGCUGAAGGAGCAUAUUGGUGUCGGGUUGGAUCCGGGGGGCUGCGAACUAGCCACUCCGUUGCGCAAUGCCAGGGUGGCGGACGACGAAGAUGUGUAUGAAGUUCGGUCCCAAUCUUGA